GAGCUUGGUUCAAUCAAUUUGAUGCUUCGAAAAUUUCAAUUUCAGUAUCAAUUUUUCAUUUUUCUCUAACUGCUGAAGCAUGAAAACACAGUUCAGAACACCACCCCUCUGGAAAUGGAAAUGCGCUCUGGAACCAGAAGAAAGUCAGGGAACUUAUAUAUGGCGCCCAUUGAAGUCUCCACAUCUUGAAUUCUGUGAUCAUCUUCACAAAUUGGGGUCGCAACCAUUUUUUCCGAUCACCUCCCGUGGUGGCGAGGACUUUCUGUGGAGCUAGCUCGCUGUGAAAGCUAACUGAAACCAAUUAUCAAAGGAGAAGCAGAUUUCAAUUGGGUCGGAAGCAUGUCGAACUCGCUCCAAGUUCUUCGUGAACUCUGCAUUCAGUUAUCGGAACCCAUUAUCGAAUCUCUUUCGAAAAUCUGCGAUAAACCGUCAGAGGGAUCCAAUGUCUCUGUUAAAGCCAUUAUCGAAUCUCUUCUACCUCAAAAAGUGGCACUCCCAACUAGUCUUACUGAUGACGAUAUUUACUCCUCCAUCAAAGAUUUCGCACUAGCUUGUGCUUUAAUAUCGUCUUCCCGUUCCUCAACAUACGACCUUCUUUCAUGGAUUUCGGAAGACCUCUCACUUACAGCCGAGUCUGCGCUUCGAACGCUCUCUAAGGCGUAUGCCUCUGCUUCCUGCGAUGGGUUUUCGAAGAACAUUGAGGAGCUAGGUUUAGAUUUUAGUUUGAUACCUGAGGAGAAAAGAUUGGUGGUGGAAAUCAUUCCUAAGGUGCUGCCCUUGUUGAAGGAAAGAAUUAAGGAGAGCUCGAUAGAUAAAUCUAACGAGGUUGACGAGGUCUCCGCUGCAUCAGCGAGGGUGCCUGUGGGGUUUGCUAUUGUUGCUGCUCAUCAACUUCGAUGGUUCAUUAUUCAGAUUGAUUAUCCUCAUUUGGGGAAGUUGUGUAAUUUGGUGAUUCCUUGUGCACUGACUGCUCUUGACCACUGGUCACCUGAAGUGAAAGGGCAGGGCAUGAUUAGCUUUAUACAUCUUGCAAAAAACGUUAAUACUGCAGACCUUGGUUUGUACGAAGACGUGAUUCUUGAUGCGUGCUGCUCAAAUGUUCCUUCAAGUGAUGAGAUAUGGCCUUAUGUUGUUGAAAUGUCAGUUCUUCUUGCAACUAGCAUCCACAGAAUGAAUCCUCGUAGCUCAUGGAUUGAAAGGAUGGUAAAUGAGAUGUUGGGUCACUUGGAGCGCCAGCCAAGAAACAAGGAACGCCGUAUUGCAUGGCUUCAACAUAUUGAACCUCUUUUCAACUGUAUGGGUCUGGUGCUGUUGGCUCAUACAAGGAGCAUAUUUCCGCUUUUCUUCCAGUGGAUAAAUGCUGAAGAUGAUGAGACCAUUAUAUUGGUUCUACAGAGAACACACACAGUUGUAAGGCUAACAUGGAUAAGGGAUACACCAUAUGUUGGAAGAUUGGUGGAUGAGCUUGCACUGUUACAUGAAAAAGCCGAAUCGAGAAGUUCUUGUGAUGCAAUCAGAAAGAAUGUUGUCGACGUGCUCGUCUUGCUCCAGAAGAGCAAAGGCCUGCAGUUUGAAGCAGCCUGGAACAAGCACAAGGAUGACCAAAACUUGAUUUCUGUUGCUUCAUCUUUAAGUGGAUUGAACAUCACUGAUGGUUAAAUCUUAGCUUCUUAUAGCUAGAAAUGCAACUGGGAACUGAAUUAUCUAAUGACAGAUUGCAUACUUUGGGAGGAAAAGUUUUUGCUCUAACACUUGUGGGUUUGAUGUUUCAUUGUUACCAAUUUGUCUGUAUAUCAACUCAUGUACAGAGACAGACCCUGACGUUUUAGGAAAUUUUGAAUUUUAUCUUUUAAAA